CACAUCUAUAGCCAUACCACUGCAUGACAGUUAAGUUUGUGUGGAGCCGCAUACUUUUGCAAGUAAUAUUGCUUGUUCUCUGUUUCUCUUUAUUUAAAAGAAAUCGCUAAUAAAAAUGUUCCGCAAUCAAUACGACAGUGAUGUGACAGUAUGGAGCCCGCAAGGACGUUUACAUCAAGUAGAAUACGCCAUGGAAGCUGUGAAGCUAGGUUCAGCCACUGUGGGCCUUAAGAACAAGAAACAUGCUGUUCUUAUCGCAUUGAAAAGAGCGUCGUCAGAGCUAUCAGCUUACCAAAAGAAGAUCAUACCAAUAGACAAGCAUAUGGGAAUCAGUAUCUCAGGAUUAACUGCUGAUGCGAGAAUAUUGAGUCGUUAUAUGCGAACUGAAUGCUUGAACUAUAAGUAUGCCCAUGAUGAUGUAUUACCCGUGGGCCGUUUGAUUGCCUCUUUGGGAAACAAGAUGCAAACGUGUACUCAGAGAUACGAUAGACGUCCGUAUGGCGUUGGGUUACUCGUAGCGGGAUAUGAUGAUCAAGGACCGCACAUAUAUCAAACAUGUCCAUCGGCGAAUUAUUUUGAUUGCAAAGCGAUGGCUAUAGGAUCUCGCUCUCAAAGUGCGAGAACGUACUUAGAAAAACACUUGAAUGAAUUUUUGUCGUGCGAUCUUGACGAACUGGUAAAGCAUGGCCUCAGAGCGUUACGUGACACCUUACCCAAUGAAGUUGAUUUAUCAGUGAAGAACGUAUCGAUUUCGAUAGUAGGAAAGGAUUACGAUUUCGCUAUCCUCGACGAGACCACAACAGCUACUUACUUGUCCCAGAUCGAAGGAGACGAUAAACGCGGAAAGCCCACGGAGCCAGCUACACAAGAUGACAGUAGGCCUCCGCAAGAUCCACCCGCUGAUGAGGGUCCUGCGGACCCUCAAGUUGCUAUUGCCAUGGAUACUGAUUAAAUAGUAAUGUAAACUUUAUUCCAUACAAUUUAUAUAAAGAUUAAAACUGCAUUUUAUUAUUGAA